GGGACAUGUUCAAUCAUGAAAUACUUUCAUGGGCAAGAUCAGUCCAACUGUUCGUCCAGGCAAGUGAAUGACAGAUUUUGUCGCAAAGGCUGCACCAUUGUCACCCUUCGGGACUGUUCUCAUACUAUAUGCUGCUUUUUGUUUCUUUUUACUUUAGUUUUACCAUUAGUUUUGCAAUUUUGGUAAAGUAUGACAUUCUUUCGGGAACUGAAAGAUAUCCAGAGUUGCAUACUACUGAACUGCCCAUAGAAUUCCGUGAGGAAGAAACAAGGAUUAGGCAUGCCAUGCCAAGUCUGGAUCAACAGGAAAACAAGGGAGAAGUAUCUACGAGAGAGGACACAUGUGAAACCAUGCAAUCCACUGAUGACCAGGUGAUAUCUUGUUCUUUGUCCAAGCAGGCACAUGAUGCUUUCAUCCAAGAAACUUCAGCAUUGUCAUCCUCAGGGACUGAAAGCUGUUUGGCACUAAAUCUAGUUGAGCCACACAGAGAAUUCCGUAAAGAGGAAAUUGGGAUCAAGAAUUUAAUGCAUGGUAUGAGACCACAUGAUCACAAAAGAAAGAUGGUGAAAGACAAGGGAUCACCUACAAUCUUGAGAUUUUUUCAGAGUUGCCACAACUCUUCCUCUUCCCCCAAGCAAGAGCAUGUUAGAACUAUUGAUGAAACUAAAGCAUCUUCAUCCUCAAGCUUUCAAUCAGUAAUUGGCAGUUCUGAACUGAUUGAAGCUAAGCUACGCAUAGAGAACCUGCUUACACAGAUGGGAACACAUAGUGGCAUGUCAAUUUUAGAUCGAGAUGAUAUGAGAAGGGAUGCGUGGGAUUACAAGAUUGAUGAGAUUGACCCUACUGUGGUUAAUGAGUUACCACCUGAAAUCCAGGAAGAGUUGCAAGUGUGGCUCCAACCUCAGAAGCGGGUAGCUAAUAUUGGCAAACGUGGGUCUAGUAUUGCUCAUUAUUUCUUGCCUACGAAAAAUACAUAAGCAAGUCGAAAGUAAUCAGAACCAUCAUUUUCUCUGUUUUAUGUAUUUAUUUUUUUAUGAGUCGCUUCCUUGUAAUUCACAUGAAAAUGGAGUCUCGAAAACCCAAAAUCCUUUUGAUCCAUCAAGAUUUACGUCUUAGGUCUUGGUGUUUGCAUGUUAAGUGUUUUUAGUUGGUAAAUCCUUUCUUGUAUGUAAUCUUUAUACCUGUGUGUAAAUCCCCUCUUUUUUCUUUCCCUUGUGCAAUGCAUUUCAAUGCCUGUAAACAUUUUCAGAUCUCUCUCUCUCUCAAAUAUUUGUUAGAACUUGCA